GCGCGCCAAUCAGCAACAGAAACAGUAGGUCUAGCCUCACGUCCCCGCCCACCAUGACGAGCAUGUACAAAGCCGGCGGGUCGGUUAAGAAGUUACUACAGGAUGGAUGGCAUCGAGUAAGAGCCGUUGGAAUGACCAACCACAUCCCCAGUCAGAUUCGAUCGAGUCCUCCACCGAGCGGACCUGAGUUCAGACCGCUUCCCUGCUCAUGGGUGCUCCGCUCCGCAAGGUCCGGUCGCCAGAUCUGCUCUCUGGGGAAUGAUUGCGUGCAUUCGUCAAUUGCGGGGAACACGCCUAUCCCUCCAGGUGGUCUUGUUUUCGACCUACCCUGCACCGCUUCAGCUCAAAAAGGUCUCAUCCCAAAGAUUACUUGCUGCAACUUUCUCAAGCCGAUUGGCCAUGCUCGCUAUCUCCUGCAUGUCACAGCUAUUCACGUAGAACUAGAACAACCUAGUGGCUCUUAGCUUCAAACUCAAUUCC